AUGGGCGGAGAUUGGGAGUUACAAGACACCGAUGUAUCGACUGUUGACAAUACGGAAGAUGACGAUCUCGAUGCCACUCAUUCCUCCAAACCGUCAAUACCCCCUCGCUAUAGAGACCGGGAAUUCAAAUCAGACCCGGAACCCCCUCAGUCUACCUCCGAUCAUGAACGUUCCAAGAUCAAGCAAUUGCCGUCCCCUUCCAACCGCAAUACCUCCGUUGUUCAUUUAGCUGAUACCGAGAGUGGCGACGAUUCCUUCAACGAUGGCGAAGCAGCGUACAAGCAGUUUAAAGAAAGGAGAGCUCUCAAGCGGAAGCGCAGCAGUGCUAAUCUUCGCAAGUCUAAGAAAACCAAAGUGGCGAACCCUGACUCGUUUGUCGGCAAAAGGCCGAAAAAAGAAAAUGAGCAAUCCACUCGCACGCGACCCAUUCUAAGGACAUAUGGGGAAGAGCUUCCCUCGGACGAUGAGCUCAUGGAAUAUACGCUUCCGGACUACCUGCAGAAGCGUCGAACCCAGUUUGACCGGCGAAUGGACCACCUGAAGCAGUCCGGAUUAAAGCUGCCGCCAGAUUUCGAUGACGUGGAAUUUUCCGAUGAUGAGCGGUUAGAGUUUCUCAAGGAGAAGCCUGCAUUUAGGAAUAUUGAACCUUGCGGGAAGUAUGAGGAUAUAACCCUUCCCUACUCGCUCGGGUUAAUUCCGGCGCCAAUUGCCCAAUGGUUGCGGCCCUAUCAGGUCGAAGGUGCCGCCUUUCUACAUGAGCUGUUCGUUUAUCAAAAAGGGGGCAUUCUGGGUGACGACAUGGGUCUGGGAAAGACGGUGCAAGUGAUUACGUUUCUCACUGCUGCAUACGGGAAGACUGGCGAUGAAAGAGACGCCAAAAGGAUGAGGAAGAUGAGGCGAAGUGGUCGGGACGGUUGGUACCCGCGUACUUUGAUUGUCUGUCCAGGGACCUUGAUCCAGAACUGGAUUUCGGAAUUCAACCGUUGGGGCUGGUGGCAUGUUGAUACAUACCAUGGGGACAAUAAGGAGCUCGCACUGCAAGCCGCGAGAUCAGGCCGCUUGGAAAUUCUCAUUACGACCUAUGGUACAUAUCUGCACAACAAGGAUGCCGUUAACAUGGUGGAAUGGGACUGCGUCGUGGCGGACGAGUGCCACAUCAUAAAGGAACGCAGCUCGGAAACAACAAAAGCGAUGAACGUGGUCAAUGCACUUUGCAGAAUCGGACUGACGGGCACCGCGAUUCAGAACAAAUACGAAGAAUUGUGGACGCUGCUCAACUGGACGAAUCCGGGAAAGCUUGGCCCGGUUACAACCUGGAAACGUACCAUCUCAGAGCCAUUGAAAAUUGGGCAGUCACACGAUGCCACUCUGUACCAACUCAGCAAAGCUCGCAAGACGGCGAAGAAGCUCGUUGAAAAUCUCCUACCUCAGUUUUUCCUACGGCGCAUGAAGACAUUGAUAGCCGAUCAGCUUCCGAAGAAGAGCGACCGGGUUGUUUUCUGUCCGCUCACCGAGACGCAGGCAAGUGCUUACGAAAAUAUCCUCGACAGCGACAUCGUUCAGUACAUCAAGACAUCCUCCGACAAGUGUGACUGCGGCUCAGGGAAGAAAGCAGGCUGGUGCUGCCGGCAGUUCCUGCCCUCCGGGGGCAGAUGGCAGAACUAUGUAUUUCCCGCAAUAGCUAUACUCCAGAAGCUCAGCAACCACCUUGCAACACUCAUACCGCAAGGGGCGGACUCCUUGGAGAAGCAAGAGAAGGAUAAAGAGAUGCUGGAGAUUGCCGUUCCCGACCAGUGGGAGCAGCUCUAUCGGACCCGAGACUCCAUUGUUAACUACGCCAACCCUGAGUUCUGCGGGAAAUGGAAGGUCCUCCGCAAGCUUCUGAAAUGGUGGCAUGCGAACGGUGACAAGGUGCUGGUGUUUUCGCACAGCGUUCGUCUUCUCAAGAUGCUACAGAUGCUCUUUCAUUACACGAGCUACAAUGUGAGCUACCUGGACGGCUCCAUGACUUAUGAGGAGCGGACGAAGGUUGUCGACGAGUUCAAUUCCGACCCAAAACAGUUUGUCUUCCUAAUCUCGACCCGGUCUGGAGGCGUUGGCCUGAACAUCACCUCGGCGAAUAAAGUCGUUGUCGUCGACCCAAACUGGAACCCUUCGCAUGACCUACAGGCCCAGGACCGAGCGUACCGAAUCGGUCAGUCCCGCAACGUCGAGGUCUUCCGCCUGAUCUCCGUCGGCACGAUCGAGGAGAUUGUAUACGCACGUCAGAUAUACAAGCAACAGCAGGCCAACAUCGGCUAUAACGCCAGCUCUGAACGGAGAUACUUCAAGGGAGUGCAGGAGAAGAAAGACCGGAAGGGCGAGAUUUUCGGGCUUGACAAUCUGUUCGAGUUCAAAACCAACAACAUCGUCCUCAGGGACAUUGUCAACAAGACCAAUGUCGCCGAGAGCAAGGCCGGCGUCCAAGUCAUGGACCUAGCCAUUGACGAAUCCGACACAAAAACUACCACGGUCGACAGCAGCUCUGAAAACAAGAAUCAAGACGACCAAGUCAUGAGCCAGUUAGCCGCAAUGAUCCGCGGUGAUGCUGACGACGCCGCACUGCAGGCGCAGGCCGCCGUAACUGCGCAGAAACACGAUCCCAUCCAGGCCAUCCUCGCAGGCGCGGGCGUUGAAUACACCCAUUUGAAUAACGAAGUCAUCGGCUCGUCCAAGGUGGAAGAACGACUCAGUCGGCGUGCCGAGCUAGCCGAUGAAAAACUAGGCGAGGUACAGGUUUUCGGGUCCUCGCAAGACAGGACCGAGCAGGGUGGUAUUCUGGACAAGGACGGCCGGCCCAUCCGGUACAAGUUCCAUCCGCCACGGGAGGUAAUGAAACGCCAGUUUUGCAGUAUGGCGAAGCGGUUCGGGUUCGCUAGUGCCACUGAAUUUGCACUUGUGGUGGAGGGUAUGACGCAGGCUCAGAGACGGGCGUGUUUGGAGCGGUGGUAUACCGAGCGACAGGAGAUACUUCUAGGCCGGAGAUGA